UGUAAAUCAACCCACCAACGUCACUCUCGUCUUUAUGAUCACAACAAACUAGUCUAAAAAGGGAAUGCAAACAACCCAACAACAAUAAACUAAAAAAACGCACUGCCCCCCACAACAAGUCGCAUAAAAAAAGAGCAGCAACUUUUUAUGUGUGUAAAUAAACAACUAUAACAACAACCAUAGUCAACCAUAACUUCAGUACGGUGCUGGCCGCAUGCCCAUUUCAUUUCAUUUGUUGUGUAAAACAAGUCCUACCAAACUCAAAGAGAGCGGGAGAGUUAUAUACUCACAAAACUUAAAGAGAGACAAAGCGCCACAAACAUUUCAUAGCAUUGAUGGUGGCGGCGACGGCAUUUGGGGACAACCAACAACAACAAAAUAAGAAGCCCCACUGAACGAGCAACGAACUCUUGUUGGAACGGUGAAUAACAAACGACAUUAUCGUCAUCGUCAUCAUCAUCAACAACAUUGCUGCGUUGCGGCGGCAGAACUACAGGCAAUAGCAAGCAGAACGAUCGCCAGCAACUUUCAAUCGUGUUUAGACUAUCGCCCACUUAGGACGUGUUACAAACAGAAAAUCGGGUAAAACGGUUGACUACUUAGUUAACAAAUAAAUAAAAAAACAAAAAUACAAACACAAAAAAAGAAUUGAAGCAAGUGAUAACUACAAUUUUUACAACUAUUUUAGAAAAAAAAAUAGUAAAGUGUACUAAAAAUUAAUCGUUUAAAAGUGCAAUAGUUUUGUGCCUGAAAAACGUUUUUAUUGUGUCUGUUCUACAAAAUGAUGCGCAACACCUAUGUCCGUUUGGCUUCACAGCUUCUACGUAACUCCUCCAACCCUAUUAACCCCGCUGCUUCCCUUGCCCCUAUCAGAUCGAUUAACACCAAUAAUCGUACCCAAAAUACGGCAGCUACUGUUCAACCGAAUUUAAGUAAUAACAGCGAUAAAUUCCUGCACUAUUCCCAUGAGGAGGGUUAUGUCAAAACCUCACCGUACGAGCCUCUGGAAUUAUUAAAUGUUACAUUGGAUAAAUAUGUUUGGCGUGAUUUCAAGAAAUGGGAAAACAAUGUAGCUGUGGUUGAUGUCAUUACCGGUCGUCAAUAUACUUACGCUGAAUUACGUGAUUCCAGUGCAGCUUUGGCAGUACGCCUACAGACAAAAUUCAAACUGGGCAAAGGUGAUGUGGUGGCUGUAUGCCUGCCCAAUUCUCCCGAAUAUCCAGGAGCUGUUUUGGCAGCCAUUGAAGCAGGACUUACGGUAACCACAGUGAAUCCCAUAUACACAGCAGAUGAAAUUGCUCGCCAAUUGACUUUCAGCAACGCCAAAUUCAUAUUUGGCACCUGCGCCGGCUACAAAACCCUCAAGGAAGCCUGUAAAUUGGCCAAAAAGGAUGUUCCCAUUGCUUGCAUACGUUUGUCCCCUGGCGAUAAUUUGCCUGAAGGUGCUUUGGAUUUCUUCGAACUUUUCAAGUAUAGCGGUGAUGUGGACUUCAGUCAACUGAAGCACUAUGACAUCUCACCAAAUGAUAUGGUGUUCUUGCCUUUCUCCUCGGGUACCACGGGCCUGCCAAAGGGUGUUAUGCUGUCACACAACAAUAUUUCCAUAAACUGUGAACAGGUGCAAUUGCCCAUACACAUUGAUUGCAGUGUAAAACAAGAGGUCUUGCCCUGUGUUUUGCCUUUCUUCCAUAUCUACGGCUUAACGGUGAUAAUGCUUUCGAAAAUUGGUCAAGGUGCCAAAUUGGUGACAUUGCCACAAUUCAAGCCGGAAGAUCUCAUGAAGGCCUUGUAUGAAUACAAAGGAACUAUGCUGAAUUUAGUGCCCCCAAUUGCUCUUUUUAUGAUCAAUCAUCCCAAGGUGACUGCAGAAACCUGUCCUGAGCUAAGAGUUGUUAUGAGCGGAGCUGCCCCCAUUGGCCAAUCGGAUGUGGAACGUUUUAGACAAAAAUUCCCCAAGACCAACUUCUUGCAAGGCUUUGGCAUGACCGAAACUUCGCCUGUGGUUCUGGUGACCCCGGAGAACAACACCCGUUAUGCUUCUACUGGCUACUUGACCAGCAACACCGAAGGCAAAAUUGUUUCCUUUGACGAUGAGGGAACUAAGGGCUUGGGACCCAAUCAACCCGGCGAACUAUGUGUACGCGGUCCUCAAGUCAUGGCUGGUUACCUGAACAAUGAACAGGCCACCAAGGAUACCUUCUACCCAGGUGGCUGGCUGCGUACCGGUGAUGUGGCCUAUUACGAUGAUGAGGGCUAUUUCUACAUCACCGAUCGCAUGAAGGAACUCAUUAAAGUCAAAGGCUUCCAAGUUCCUCCAGCUGAAUUGGAAAAUAUACUUCGAGAUCAUCCCAAAAUUCUGGAAGCUGCUGUUUUUGGCAUUCCCCACCCGGUGAAUGGUGAGGCUCCACGUGCCUUGGUGGUUUUGCGUCCCAACAUGGAGGCUACCGAAGAAGAGAUUUGCAAUUAUGUUGCCGACCAAGUUGCCCACUACAAAAAGCUGGAGGGUGGUGUCAUCUUUGCCAAAGAGGUUCCCAAAAAUCCCACCGGCAAAAUCCUGCGAAAAGUAUUGAAGGAAAAAUAUUCCAGUUAAUGUGCACAAUGACUGCAGCUAUAUAUUAACUUGACUUUAUGAAUAUUUUUAUGAGUAUGUGUGGUAUAUGUUACGACUUAGCGUAGAUUAGUUAAUAGUUUUAAGUGUUGUAAAAGGUGGAGUCUUAAAGUGCUUUUUCUCUGCACUUUUUUCUCUAAGCACACAACAAUGCACACAAACAAACUCUGGAAACUAACAACAACUUGAA